UUAUUUAACUUGUUGCUCGGUAAGGUACCAUUCCUACCCGAAGGCAACCGUGUGUCAAGACGCGUGGUCAAGGUAUGCCCGGCAGCUGCUCUCCUCUGUCAUGGGUGAUAUUAGACAGCGCAAUGGCUCUGUGAGUAAUAAUGACACAGAUUUAUCUGUUGUCCCUUAUACAGCGGACGACAUCAGGGUGCUUUGUCAUAAAGUUGAAGAUGGGAAGGUUGGGGAGGAAUUUGAGAUGCGAACUCUAUCGGAAGUGCCGGAUGGGGACGCUGGGGAGUCCCGAGCGGUCAACCGCGUUGCUUUUUACCGGGUUUGUUUGCCCUGUAAGAGAAGCGACACUCACCGUGACGAGGAGGAUGAUGAUGAUGAUGGUGAGGAGGACACGGGGGAAAACACCGUUCAGAAAGAAAAGCAGCCAUCAUGUCCGGGGCUGGGCCUCAUGUACAGCUUGUUAGCAUCUGUCUUCUUCUCCAUUGCGGCUCUUCUUGUGAAGAAAAUGGAGGGGAUGCACGCCAUCCAAAUCAGCGCCAUUCGCUGCUUCUUCCAGAUGCUGUUUGUCUUGCCAGCCAUGAUAUAUUACAAGACUGGCUUUUUGGGACCAAGAGGUAUGCGAAUCUACCUGUUCCUCCGUGGCUUUCUAGGCUCCAAUGCCAUGAUCUUGUUGUAUUACGCAGUUCUUCAGAUGCCCCUGGCCGAUGCCACAGUCAUCAUGUUCAGCAAUCCAGUCUUCACUGCCUUGCUGGCGUGGAUUUUCCUCAAAGAGCGAUGCACGAUAUGGGACGUGGUCUUCACUGUGUUCACACUCACCGGCGUCAUUCUGAUAGCCAGACCUCCAUUCCUGUUUGGCGGCGAAUUGUCUGGAAUUGAAGGGGAUUAUACCAGUCAUAUCAAAGGCACAGUGGCCGCCUUUUCCGGAGCAGUCGGAGCAGCUUGCACUAUGGUCAUUCUGAGAAAAAUCGGGAAAAGUGUUCAUUACUUCCUCUCCGUAUGGUACUAUGCAGUUCUGGGACUCAUCGAAUGUGUCGUUGUCCUGUUCAUUUUGGACGAGUGGACCAUUCCGUCCUGCGGCUGGGAUAGAUGGACGCUCAUGGCCAUCGGGGUGCUCGGGAUAGCCGGACAGGCCUUUCUUACCAAAGCCCUGCAGAUCGAGAAGGCGGGACCAGUCGCACUUAUGAGGACGAUGGAUGUGGUGCUGGCCUUUGUCCUGCAGUUCCUCUUUCUCAACCGCAAGCCAACAUGGUGGAGUUUAGGAGGAGCGCUGUGUGUGAUCAGCAGCACCAGUGGUGUGGCUGUAAGGAAGUGGUAUAACAGCACAAGGCGGAAGAGCUGAUCACACACACUAUAGGGAGGUGAAGAUUCAUUUUAUAUAUGUUUGCUACAGAUAACUGCUGCGUUAGAUACCAAAGAGGCUUUUCACUGUUAAAAUAUACAGCUAUGGAAAAAAAACGAUGAGGUUACUUGAGAUAUUCUCUCUUUCUCUGGGUGUGCUGCUAGAUUUGAUCAUGCUAAAUGUUGAUAAAAUGUUGAUCGUUGUUUUGUCAUGUAGUUUUUAGCAGCAGAUAACCUGGGAGGACUAGGAAAAGUCUAACACUAGCAAAUUGUGCUCACAACUAGUUUUUAAAAGCAUAUGCGGCUCUAGCUUAGUGGUUAACAGCAGAUGGCGCUCUAUGCCAAUUUUUAACAGCAAAUGGCGCUUUAGCCUAGUUUGUAACAUCAGAUGGUGCUAGCACAUAGCGGUCUUGGCUAAUGUUUAACAGCAGAUGCCGCUCUAGGCUAGUAUUUAACAGCAGAUGGCGCUCUAGGCUAGUGUUUAACAGCAGAUGGCACUAGCGAAUGGCGCUCUAGGCUAGUUUUUAAUAGUAAAUGGUACUCUGUUCAUUUUUAACAGCAGAUGGCACUCUAGGCUAGUGUUUAACAGCAGAUGAUGUUCUAGGCUAGUGUUUAACAGCAGAUGAUGUUCUAGGCUAGUGUUAACAGCAGAUGAUGUUCUAGGCUACUUUUUGACAGCAGAUGCCACUUUAGGCUAGUUUUUAACAACAGAUGGGGCUCUAGCUUAAUGGUAAACAGCAGAUGGCGCUCUAGGCUAAUUUUUAACAGCAGUUGGUACUCAAGGAUAGUUUUUAAUAGCAGAUGUUGCUCUAGCCUAGUUUGUAACAGUUUGUAAUAGUGAUUAACAGCAGAUGGGACUAGCAAAUGGCACUCUAGGCUAGUUUUUAACAGUAAAUGGCACUCUAUGUUCAUUUUUAACAGCAGAUGGCACUCUAGGCUAGUGUUUAUCAGCAGAUGACGCUUGAGCCUAGUGUUUAACACCAAAUGUGGCUCUAGGAUAGUUAUCAACAGCAGAUGGCACUAAAAAAUAGUGUUCACGGCUAGUUUUUAACAAAAGAUAUCUAGCUAAUGAAGAUG